AUGACACAAAUUAAAAACCCAAAAAGAGAAGAACUUAUAAAACAGUUUACACCAGUUGAAAUUGAUGAAGAUAUAGAUUAUACAAAUAUGAUUGUAUCUAUAUUAAGCUUUUCAUCUAUGAUUUUCAAGAAUAAAUGGGCAGCAUGGGCGUCCCUUGUUGCGACACUUUCUGGCUUUUUAGAUGCCAAAACACAUACUUCAAUAUCUCAAGGAAACUUAAUGAAUCUCACAAUGUCUUUCCUAGGGCUUUUUACAAUUUAUAUGCCAAUUAUCUUUACUCAAAAAUCUCCAGAAAAAAAAUAA